AUGCAAGCAGCGACGAAGCAAGCGCCUGGCAGCACAUACCUCGCUUGGCCCGAGCCGCCCAGCAGGCUCGAGGGCGCACGAGAGCGAAGCGCCGCCAGCGCAGAGAUGCGCCGCGCGCCGGGCCCACCGCUGUUCGCGCUCGCUCGAUUGAAGGCGAGGGCAUUUGCGCAGCGCUCGAGCGGGAAGCGGGGCGGCUGUAGCUGCGCCUGGGCCCGCGAGAGCAGUACCGAGGGCUGCAGGACGCGACAGGCGCGACAGCAAGCAGAGCGUCCCUCGUUGGGCACGUUCCCGCACGGCUUCCUCGCGACGGGCCUCCACUGCGGCGUCAAGAAGGACCGCGCAAAGCUCGACCUCGCCGUCAUCAUCUCGGACCGCCCGUGCUCUGCGGCCGGCACCUUUACCCGCAACGCGUUCGUCGCCGCGCCCGUCGUCGUCUCACAGGACGUCCUCGCGCGGGGCAAAGGCGUCGCGCGCGGGCUCGUCGUCAACAGCGGGUGCGCCAACGCCGUGACGGGCACCCAGGGGCUCGCCGACGCGCGCGCCAUGUCGGACCAGCUCGACUCGUUCCUGUCGGCCUCGUCGUCGAGCAGCGGCACGGGCACGCUCGUCAUGAGCACGGGCGUCAUCGGCCAGCUGUUGCCCAUCAACAAGAUCCUCCAGGGCAUCGAGGCGAGCACGGCGACGCUCGCGAGCAACUUUAACGCGUGGAGCGACUGCGCGCGCGCGUUUAUGACGACCGACACGUUCCCCAAGCUGCGCACGCGCACGUUCCAGCUCGCCGGCAAGGAGGUCCGCAUGGUCGGCAUCGACAAGGGCGCCGGCAUGAUCCACCCCAACAUGGGCCCGCCCGCCGCCGCCGCCGCCGCCGCACCUCGCCCCGCCGGCCCGCCGCACGCCACCAUGCUCGGCGUCAUCGCGACCGACGCCGCCGUCGAGCCCGCGUCGCUCCAGAGCGCCCUCACGUACGCCGUCGACCGCUCGUUCAACUCGAUCUCGGUCGACGGCGACAUGAGCACCAACGACACGGUCGUCGCGCUCGCAAACGGCGCGAGCGGCACGAGCGAGAUCUCGGAGCACAAGACGCCCGACGACUACGUCAAGUUCCGCGACGAGUUGACGUCGUUCGCGGCCGAGCUCGCCCAGCUCGUCGUGCGCGACGGCGAGGGCGCCGAGAAGUUUGUCAAGGUGACGGUGCAGGGUGCGCCGACGUACGAGGGCGCGCACAAGGUCGCCUCGGUCGUCUCGACCUCGUCGCUCGUCAAGUGCGCCCUCCACGGCGAGGACGCCAAUUGGGGCCGCAUCCUGUGCGCCGUCGGCUACUCGCAGCCGCCGUUCGACAUCGACCCGACCAAGGUCUCGGUGUCGUUCCUCGCCCAGGACGGCUCGGCCCCGCUCCGGCUCCUCGUCAACGGCGAGCCCGAGCAGGUCGACGAGCACCGCGCGAGCGAGCUCCUCGCCGCUGAGGACAUCGAGAUCGUCAUCGAGCUUGGCCUCGGCGACGAGACGGCCACCUACUGGACCUGCGACCUGUCGCACGAGUACAUCUCGAUCAACGCCGACUACCGUUCCUGAGCGUCUCGCCCUCCCGCACACACCCUCUCUCGCCACCCCUCGCCUGAAAAGGUCGCCCUUUCGCCCCCCGCCGACCCCUUCUCUCCUCCUCUUUUCCCUCGCCCCGGCAGUGCCAGCAUCCUCUCCCUUUCGUCAUCGCUGUAGUAGUGCCCCCCUUGGUAAUCCGUCUCGCACCCUC